AUGUCUGCAGGAAAAUUUAUUGUGAUCUUCAAGAACGACAUCUCUGACGACAAGAUCAGGGAGACGAAGGACGAGGUUAUUGCAGAAGGGGGUACAAUCACCAAUGAAUACAACAUGCCUGGAAUGAAGGGGUUUGCGGGGGAACUGACUCCCCAAAGUUUAACCAAGUUCCAAGGAUUGCAAGGAGAGUUGAUCGAUUCCAUAGAGGCAGAUGCGAUCGUCACGACUCAAUAA